UUUUUGAUACAAUUUUUAGCUGUCUAGUGAAGUAUGGCUCAUAAAAAUCGGUUUAACAGUAACAAAAUAAGAAAUCUCGAUACUUUUUUCGCGGAGAAUCUUAUGUCUGCAACUACGACGCAGUUGAUUGACUUGGUCAUAGAGGGAGAUUUGCGCUUAUAUGAACACAGUGAAAUGUUUCUACGGAUGUACACUGUGAUUUAUCCAAACACGCCAAGUUAUUAUUAUAUGUCGGAGGCACUAUUGAAAUGACGUUUUGCACGACAAGUUACUUAGGAGUAUCGUAAAGUUAGACGGACGGCUGUAAAAACCAGGACCGGACACGACUUCUUUACUUUUUUGUUUUCUUAUGAAAAUCAGCAGCUUCUAAGCAAAACACUAAAAAAUGUUUGACUAUGUACAAAAAUGGUCAAUAAAUGGUG